CGGCGCUGAAUACCAUUGGGAUUUCUCAUAAACGUCUAGAAACGUCAGAUCUGUUGACAAUAGUGUUGGAUGACAAACUGUUUGAGUCACCGGAUUAGAAUUCCGCUACGUGAAAAAGUCCAGUAAAUUUACCGAGAUGGACAUAAUCUCGGUGCCGCUGAAGAAGCCGUCCGACGUGGACAUCGUCAACCCUCUGAAGAAUCUUAUCCAGUCUCGCUACAGCACCGCAGACAAACCGGAGGAUUACAGCGAUGCGAUCAACGAACUCGCGAAGCUCAGAUCGAAUGCCCUGUGGCGAGCCUUCGAGAAAUACGAGAGCAGCUUAGAAGUUCUAUACUGUUACUAUGAUCAAUUGGUGGCCCUGGAAGGAAAGAUCCCUCCUCAUGACCUUCAAGUGCCAUUCAAAUGGAAGGAUGCAAUGGACAAGGGAUCCAUUUUCGGUUCAAGAAUAAGCCUAACGGUGACUUCUUUAUCGUACGAGAAGAUUUGCGUCUUGUUCAACAUCGCAGCUCUUCAGAGCUCUGUUGCAGCGUCGCAGAGCAUCGAAAACGAUGAGGGUCUUAAAUUGGCCGCGAAGCUGCUGCAGCAAUCAUCCGGUAUUUUCAAUUACCUGAAAUCCAUCGUCAUCUUAUCGAUUCAACAGGAACCGACGCCGGAUUUGAACCCAGACACGCUAGCUGCUUUGGCGCAGCUGAUGUUGGCCCAGGCCCAAGAGAUUUUCGUUCAUAAAUGCAUCCACGAUAACAAGAAAGACGCAAUAAUAGCGAAGCUGGCUGCUUGCUGCGAGGAUUUGUAUACGGAAUGCGUCAAGAUCUUCAACAAGGAGCAGUUCAAAGGGUUUUGGGAUAAGGAGUGGUUGAUGAUUAUUUCCGCGAAGCAAGCAUCUUAUCAAGCCAUCGCAAACUUAUAUCAGAGCUUGGUGUGCAAGGAGAACAAGGCGGUUGGCGAGGAGAUCACCUGGCUUACUAGCGCGGAGGAGCAGUUCAAGAUCUCGCAGCAACGGUUGAAUCGCGUGCUCUUCCAGGAUCUGUGGAACAAGGCGCAGAGGAAUUUGGCCGAGGCGAAGAAGGAUAACGACUUUAUCUACCACGAGAGAAUACCCGAUUUGCGUUCUUUGGCGCCGAUCGGGAAAGCUCAGCUGGCCAAGAUGACAGCGCCAAAUAGUCCGAUGAGCCAGAAUUUCAAAGAUCUGUUUGAUGAGCUUGUCCCGGUUGCGGUGCACCAAGCGCUCGCCGCUCACGACAUCAGACGAACCGACAUGGUGCAAUCCAAGAUUAUGAAGAUGCGCGAGGCAACGCAAAUGUUGAACAGCAUUUUGGCGUCCCUCAACUUGCCGGCAGCCGUUGAAGUUACAGAGGGCAACACGUUGCCACCAUCUCUUAUGGAGAAGGGUGAAGCCGUUCGGUCUCUGGGUGGUAUCGCCAAUUUGGAGAAGAUGAUUGUAGAUCUUCCCGAACUACUCAAGAGAAACCAGGAGAUUUUAAAUGAGGCGGACAGGAUGUUGAACGAAGAACGUGAUGCUGAUAAAGCCUUGAGGGAUCAAUUCAAAGACAAAUGGACCAGAACGCAGUCGGACAAGUUAACGGAAAUGUUCCGCUCGAACAUCACGAAGUACCGCCAGAUCAUCAAUAAUGCGGUGCAGGCGGAUAAAACUGUCCGUGAGAAGUUCGAUAAACAUAGAUCCGGCAUGGAGCUGCUGAGCAAAUCGCCGGAAGAAUUGCAAGAGGCGGUGCCGAAUUCCGCCGACGGCAGUGGCAACAUCUCCGAUUCGUCCGCCGCCCAAAAGCUGCGCAACCUCAUGGAGGAAGUGGAGACGGUGAAGGCGGAACGGGAUGUCAUCGAGACAGAGUUGAACAGCGCCACCAGCGAUAUGAAGGCCCAAUUUAUGUCCGCGUUGGCGAGCGACGGUGUGAUCAACGAGCCUGUCAUGUCUUCAGAGAACUUGGGAAAGAUGUUCGGUCCAUUGGGCACGCAGGUCGAUGAGACCGUGAGCAGGCAGGAGAGUCUGAUCGAGCAGAUCCAGACCACUUACUCGGAAUUCGUGAACGAGACUGGCGUGACCAGUGGCGGCAGGAAGAAGAUGAUGUGCGAUCUGGCCUUCGCGCACGACGCCUUCAGAGAUCUCCAAAAUAAUCUCAAGGAAGGUACCAAGUUCUACAAUGAACUCACCGAGUUACUGCUAGUAUUCCAAAACAAGAUUUCCGAUUAUUGCUUCGCUCGCAAGACCGAGAAGGAGGAGUUGCUCAAAGAUUUGACACAGGAAAGCAGCAGACAGGCACCUGCGAUUUCACCUACUCAACCUACCUAUCAUAACACGCCGGCGGUCAACCCUCAAGCUCCGCCUGCCGCCGAUACCAACCCACCGCAUGCUCCGGUCCCAAGCGCCGCUCAAACUAAUCUACCUUACCCAGUGUACGUCCAGCACAUGCCCAUACCCUACGGGGCUACCAAUAACACGCCUUAUCCCUCGUACGCGCCGCCCCCAAUGCCGCAAAGCUACAAUCCAUAUGGAACCAUGCCAUACCCAACAAAUUACGGAACUUAUCCGGGCGCGUUUCCGCAAUACCCGCAGCAGCACGGUCAGUUCCCGCCGGGUCCUCCUGGAUACCCCGGUCAACCGGGACAGCAGCCUGGACCGCCCGGUCAACCUGGACAGCAAGGCCAAGGAGGAUGGCCUUGAGCACACAUCGUAACCGUUUCACCAUUAAACUUAGGUUUAAGAUACCUUUUAAAUGCUUUAUAAUAUACAAUUACAUAAAAGGAACAGAUUAAUAUUGGAAAGAUUCAUAUAUAUUUUAUAGAUAUUAUUUUUUAAUUAAUUUGUAUGUUUUGUAUAUGUAGUGCCUAUAUUGUUACACGGAAAUUUUAUUCAUGAAUUAAUUUUGUAAUUAAAUAUAUAUUUAAAAAAUUACUCACUCA